AUGAAGCAUUGUGACGAGAGUGGAUGCCUUGACUUCUCUCAAAAUGAAGUUAAAUUAAGGGCCACAGGCAAAGAGCUGGACGAUACAAUUUCAUUCUUCAACAAUCUGACCGCCCAGCUGAAGUAUCCAAAACAAGGAGGAUCGUAUCAACAGCUAUAA